AUGGAGCUUCUGAGGCAUGGUGCAAAGAUACCGGACGAGUCCACGACUCAGGGAUGGCCCAGGCAAAGGAGAAAACACUUCUAUUGUGCACUUGAGAUCCUGAAAGGACACAAAGCCCUGACAAGGAAAACACGACAGAUGUACGUCUGUGGACACCAUGUUUGCAGACUGGCUUUCAUUGAAAUGUCUUUUCGAUAUUUUAUGCAGCUAGAGAGCAUGGGGAAACAUUGCGCAGGACAUGAAUUGAAGAGAUGCGAUAGUGAUCGAAGCAAACGUGUACGUAGGGAUGAUUAUUACGACGGAUCACUUGGAGAAUUUUCGCAGCUUGCAGGCUUCUUCCUUACAUCGGGAUUUUCUUCGCUCAAUGAUGUUUGGCCAACGCAACAACUCUUGAUAAUAUUUGAGAGCAUUACCUUCGCCGUUUGA